AUGGCAAAUUUAUCCAGUGAUGUCGAGGCUGUGGUGAAAAUUUCGCCAGAGCGCCAUCGCAUAACCUUUAACCAUGCACUUCAGAUGCAUGCUUUUUCUAACCAAGACUUCCUUGUCCAUGGACACGUCAUCGCCGACUGUCCUACGCCUAACAACACCCGCUCCGCUCACCCUGAACGGGACUUAACUAACAAUAAUGAUGCUACAUAUCGUUGCAACAAUAAUAUCAAUAAUUGUGCUGCAAUUGUUAGCACCGACGUUAAUAAUACAGCACCCGCUGUAAUUGUUGCUCCUUCGCUGCCUUUGGUAUCUUAUGCGGUGGUUGUGGGGACCAAUCUUUCGAAAAUUACCCCUCCGAGUACCAACGGGUCAUCCACCCCAUUCACUAGCAAUACUAAACAGCCAGCUCCUGACUGCGCUACCGAUGCUUCGGUCUCUUCCGCCCCUUCUGAGGGUAGCACUGAUAAUCUUGGCAAUUCUUCACCGCCAACUUCUAGCCCUGUUCGACGCCGUGGAAAACGACGCCACUCCCCCACCAGCUCACCACAACCGGAGGAGAAACACGCCUCACACGACGACGGGGCUAUCGAUGACGCGGACGUGGACCCUGAUCCUGGGGAUAUACCCCUUCAUCAGGAUGACGAGGAAAUUGAGGACAAUACUGAUGACGACGGAACGGACAUGGACAACGAGAACGCUGGGAACACGGACGAGGAUGACGAUGAUGAGAUUGGCAACGGACCAACAACUAGUGAUAACAACCAUGAUGAUGACAAUGAUGAUGAUGACAUCGACGACUCACAGCAUUCGGAUGGGGAAAGAGGGACCCUGACGAAUAUUUGGAUCUGGACGAAGACGAUUACCCGAGUGAUGACAACGCCUCCUUCGCCACAGUGUCGGAAGCAGAACUACUAA